AUGCCACCACGUCCACGUCCACGCCGUGUAGCACAUAUACCAUCACCGACCAAACCAACCCGCGCAGCGACAGAAGACUCCGACGUCGUAGAAAUAGACGCUCCUUCGUUCUCCCCAUCCAAGAGCCCCGCGGCUGCAAGAGCGACCAGCUUCCAGUCUCUGGCACAGGAUGAUGAUGAAGACGACUUUUUUGAUCGAUCUAAUACCCGCAAGCUUCAGGCGUUGACUAAGCGCGCUGCCCAAACCCCAGAGUCACUCGGAGAUGUCGUGCCUCCCGAGAGCCCUCCCAGUAGUGGAGAGAAGAAACGCAAGCGCGGCGGUGCCAAAUCGGACUUACAUCUCCCCAAGUGGACGCAGGGAGGAAAGCGCGUCGACCCCGAGAGGUCCGAGAACACACCUGUACUAACCAUAUCUUCGUCCGAUAACGACUCCUCCGAUGCGGAGAUCCGCGUCGUCGGUGGCCCAUCUACCCCUCGGCCCCCAGCACGCGCCAAAACCCUCACCCCACCCCCUCAAAUCGCGCCCGACCAGCUCGCACGCGUCCGCCAAGCUGCGAGGGAUAUCAUCGCCGCUAGCUCACGUGUACACCCGGGUGAGAGGGAGGAUGAAGUGACCAUCGUCCACCCCCCAGGGCUGGAGGAUCUCGACCCGGAGCUAGCGGCGAUCGCCAAGCGCGCAAGGGAGAACUCUCGCAGCAGGCGGAUGGGUCGGCUCUCUCAGUCCCAGGACGGCGGGGAGUCGCAGGCCAGUGAGAGCAGGGGUGGGAGCGUCUUACAAGGACCGGAUAGCGUCGCUCUAAAUGUGCGCAUAUACCCGCUUGACUGGGCCGGGGAGGCGGAUGACGGCAAGUGCCACGCGCUGCGGUUCAAGGUCAAGCGUAACGCGCCGUUUAGACAGGCGUUCGAGCUCAUUUGCGAGAGAAGUGAGAUGCUUAUGCCUCAGCUGAUCGUGACGCAUGAGCAUAAGCAGGUGUGGGCGAGCGCGACCCCGCAUUCACUCGGCAUAUGGGACGAGGCUACGCUAGAGGCGUACUCAAGGACCGUGCACGAGCGCGUCGAAGCACAGCGUCUUGCCCACCGUGGGUCACUCGAGCCCUCCACCGAAGCCCUCGACCCCCAACCCGAUGCCUCGGGGGACGACCCCUCUCCCUCAGUCCAGACCAUCCACCUGAACCUGCUCGCCGCCGGAGCAGAAAAAGGUCUUCGCAUAGCCUGCAGACCCACUACUGCUGUAGCCAGGCUCGUCAGAGGGUUCUUGAGCAAGUAUAGCAUCGAGAACCGCGAGGCGAGGCUCAGCUUCGAGGGAGAGGAUCUUGAUCCGGAAGGCGUGGUCGGGGAUUACGACCUCGAGGAUGGAGAUCAACUGGAGGUGAGGCUCUUGUAGCGUCUUGCAGGCUUGUCCUAUGCUUGUUGCCUGGAUUCACGAUAUCGCUGAGAUGGUCACGGUUCCUGCUGGAUUGUGUAUUAUGUGGAAUGGAUGCUGGACGCCUGAUUUCUGUUGGGAUUCACUGCUCACGAUCAAUGUGUUUACGACGAAACGCUGUUAUACUCUAGUUGUUGCUAUUUU